CAAAUAGGAAAAGAAACCAACUCACGGACCUCAACAUUGAAAAAUCGGCUGAAAGUUUUGUUGGAAAAUGUUUGCUUCUCCAAUCCUUCUUGCAAUUGUUCUCUUCCAUGUUCUGGUCAAGACGCAGGAUGUAGAUGACUUGCCAAAGCCGGUUGUGUCUUUAAAUCCAUCAUAUGGGGAAUUUUUGGAAGGAGAGACAACAUUCGUGAGGUGUAGCUGUCAAUGUCCAGCCACAAGGACGCACUCCUGCUACAAUUCUGAAAUUAGUGACACAGCGGUUCCUGAAGGACAAUGUGAAACAUCUUUCCAAUUAAAACCCUUAAGGAGAGGUGAAGCAAGUUACAGCUGUGAAUGUUUAUUUGUGACGGAGAAUGGAACACGGAGAAGAUCAGGAUGGACUGAGCCCAUUCUGAUACAUGUCGGAGAUCACCUCUCCCAACCGACGAUCACACUCUCAGAUACCGGUGCCAGUUCAGCCAUGGGCGAUGUCGUGAUUUCCUGCAAAGGUGAGAUUCGCCCCGACGGAGGAAUAUUCUACUUGUACAACAGUCAGAGGGAAGGUUUUCGACAGCAACGUCAUGUGACUGGUCUUGAAGGUGCUGCAGCCUUUGCCAUUAAUGUCUAUGAACAUGCUUCUGGAGGAAACUAUACUUGUCGAUAUGAGACAAACGUUAAUGGACGCCCUGUCCUUUCCCCAUCCAGCCAAUCGGUUUCAGUCAAGGAGAAAGGAAAGUGGGAUCGUAAGUCGAAAGGUGCCCAGACGGGAUUCUAUCUGUAUGUUGGACUGGCUUGUGCUGCUGUGAUCAUUCUUUUACUUGCGCUGCUGUGCCUUAUAAUUAUCAAGAAAGAACGAGAUCACACUGCAGUGAAUUUGGUGCAUCUCUGCCUCAGUCUCUUCGUGCUCAUUGUGAUGGUGGGCAUCAUUGUCGAAUAUUUCAGAAGCAGCUUGCCACUGCCAGGGGACAGAAAGGAUCCGACAAAAUACACUGCUGGCGUCUCCACAACAGGAGUAUGAUGCUUGUUGGGAAUCGAAUCAGUUGCUGUUUCCAAUGUGUCUUCUGAAGAUGGGGUCUGAUUGUGUGCUUUCUGUCGCUCCCUGCCAAUCAUUCCAUACCUGCGGCUUCUCCUGAACUGCACAUUCUCUCCCACAUACACAGUCAGGAGACUGCAGAGCUUCUUAUCCAAUCAUACAGGAUGGAAGAGGCCCUUCAGCCCAUCAAAUAAGUACUGCCAAAUACAGCUCCUUUAAGGGAAAGACUUUGUCCGGUCCAGCCGAGAUGUGACUCCAGAUCCAUAACAAUGUACUUUCAUCCCAACUGCCCCUUUGGGCAAUUAGGAAUG